CCCAGGCGUUGCAAGAUGGCGGAGGUAGCUCUGGCUUCUUCCUCCCCGGAACGCGGCGACCGCUACUGCCUGGUGAGCUGCGUUCCAGCCCAGCUUCGCUCUGCCGAUCUCCGCUCCUACUUCAGCCAGUUCAUCGAAGCCGGCGGCUUCCUUUGCUUCCAUUACCGGCAUCGCCCUGAGCGGGAGGAGCAAAUGGGCGGCCCUUCGAGGCCAGGAGGGCGGACCUGCUGCUGCCUGAUGAGCUGCGUUCCAGCCCAGCCGCGCUCUGCCGAUCUCCGCCCCUCCUCCAGCCAGUUCAUCGAAGCCGGCGGCUUCCUUUGCUUCCAUUACCGGCAUCGCCCUGAGCGGGAGGAGCAAAUGGGCGGCCCUUCGAGGCCAGGAGGGCGGACCUGCUGCUGCCUGGUGGCGGUGAAGCCCGGGUGGUCUCUCCGCUUGGUUCGCAUGUAUUCGGGCAAACGGUGGAUCGACGCGCAGGGGGAGACGCUGCCUGAGCGGUGCGUCAUACGAAGAGUCCGGAUUUCCCCGGACAGAGAGACCGGUUUAUUUUGUUAUAAAACCAAAAAGGAGUAUCAUACUAUAUCAAGAGAAACUUUCACUCAGGAUGAUUUUGAACGACUCCCUGAACUGAAUCCUCCCGCUGUAAUGCCUUAUGGAAAUGUGGGAACUCCGUUGCAAGUCUUCUUAGAGCUUAUCAGAACUUGCCGAAUGCCCAGCCGUGUCAUUAAAAAACUGCAGUUACAGUUCCCUAAAUCUGGCUCAUCUCGCAGGUAUGGGAAUGUACCAUUUUCAUAUGAGGGGACUAAUAUUGUUGUAGAAGAAGAGCGAGUUUACACAGCUACAGGAGAAGAAAUAACAGAAGGCGAUUACUUGCCAAGUGUAGAGUUAGGAAAUCAAGAUGGUGAUGCAGAAGAGGAAGACCACGAAGAUCCAGAAAAGAAGGAAACCGAUGACUCUGAACCGGAUUGCGAGGAUGAUGAUAGAUGUGAAGAGUGGGAACGACAUGAGGCCUUGCAUGAAGAUGUCACCAGCCAGGAACGCACAAAGGAACGUUUGUAUGAGGAGGAAAUUGAGCUAAAGUGGGAGAAAGGAGGCUCCGGGUUGGUCUUCUACACAGAUGCACAAUAUUGGCAAGAAGAGGGAGCAGAUUUUGAUGAAGAGACAGCUGACGAUUGGGAUGUCGACAUGAGUAUCUACUAUGACAAAGAUGGCGGUGACAAAGAUGCUAAAGAUUUGGUACAGAUGCGGUUUGAACAGAGACUUCGGGAUGGUUUAGAAGAUGGGUCUAUCCUGGGUCAACGAAUUGGGAACUUUGAAAAAUAUACCAAGGGCAUUGGCCGAAAAGUGAUGGAGAAACAGGGCUGGAGCGAAGGUCUUGGCUUGGGAAGCAGCAGUUCAGGAAUGGCUGAAGCCUUGGACAAUGAGGGACGGAAUCCCCGAUGCAAGAGAGGUUUGGGGUAUCAUGGUGAAAAACUCCAGACUUUCACCAAAGCCAAGAAUCCACGUAGGGACGGCUAUGGCUUCAUUUCUACCAUCUACGAUGACCCUCAUCCUGUGGACUCAGAAGAUCAGCUACUUCGGCGUCAGCUGCCAAUCAGUAUGAAGUACCGGCAAGAUGUGUCUUUUGUCCAUGCCAAGCACGGCAUACAGAAGAAUUCCAGUUCUCCAUGAAGGACUGGCCAGGAAGGGAGGACUUUCAGAUCGUGUCAGCUUUUUCAAUGGUCAAUUUUUUAAAUAUACAAUUAUUACCGUUUGUUAUUGAACAAAACAUGUAUUAUAGCCAAGCCAGAGCAGGUUUUAAUUAUUUAUAUUAAAAGAAAAACUACCUGGUUCUGCUUCUUGAUUCUU